GUACAGAAAGUGGUUGCCCCUGGCUGAACUUCAGUAUCGUUGCUUCCCUGAAGUAUGAUACCUGAUUGUCUCAGGAUUUAUGUUAUUGGCACGCCGUUCUGAAUGUAGGACUCUUUCGACAUCUUUACCCUGCAUAUUGCGCGCACCGUCUCGCCUGACGAACGCGCCCACCUAUUUAACCGCUCAGCCAAUCCCGUGUGAGAUGUCAGAGAAGGUUAGCAAUCGGCAAUAAAGCACGUGCAUCACUAUAUGAGAGGAGAUAGCAGGCUGGGGUUGGUAGUGUUCAAAGACGCGGAUGGACCUAAUGUCGCUGAACAUGAAUAAUGACAUGAACCGAGAGGCGGAGGUACAGGUCAAUUCCGCAUCCAAGCGCAUUCGAACAGAGGUGAAGGCCAGGAGGGCUCUGUGGUUGUCAGUGGGCAUGCUGUGUCUCUCUCUGCUGCUGGUCGUGCUGGGCAUCUACACCACCACCCGCACAGAGAGCUUGAGCAUCACAGGGUACUUCUCUGGAGCCAUUUUGGCGUUUGGAUCGUUCCUAGGGGUUCUCGGGCUCUGCCUUGAAGAGAAUCGAAAACAGCUGCUGACGGCGGCCAUUGUUUUCCUGAGCUUGGGAAUCAUUGCGGCCUUUCUGUGUCUGGUGAUAGACGGCGUCUUCAUCGUCUUCAACAUGGAUAUUCGACCUUUAAAAGCUGGAAGGUGUCAGUUCUACACCAGCGGCAGCAGCUAUAUCUAUGAAAACUACCAUGCCUCUGUUCCCUGCAGAAACCUGGAGGAGUCCUGCAGUGUGACUAUACGCAGUGGCACCUGCUACUGCUGUGAUCUGUAUGACUGUGCCAAUGGCGGCUUCCUCAACAACUACUAUGAGUUUGUUGGAGUGCGAGGCUGCCAAGACGUGCUGACCCUUUACAUCCUCAUCUGGACCCUGACUAGCCUCAACCUGGUGGCCUUCAUCACGGGCAUAGUGACCGCAGCAGUGCUUGGCAGCGUGAAAAGCCCGACCAGCUACAGGCCAGUGACCCAGUCUUCAGAGGACCGAACGUCUUCUCCUACCGCUCCACUGCUGCUUAGUGACAACCCACACUCGACACAGCCUCUGCACCUGGGAGGCUCUCUGUACCCCUCUUUGGGGUCAGGUAGGGUCACUCCUCAGAGUGAUCCGUCCUCUCCGCUGGAGACCAACCCCCCUCCGUUCGCUCCUCUGGCCAGCCGGCUGCGCUACGCGGCCCAGCAGGGCUUCCCAGGCUGAGGCAUGCCACGGCCCUCUGGCCGGCCCUCACCUACUGGGGAACAUCUGCUUCAUAAUGGGAUUCGAGCAUUCGGCGUAAAAGUGAGAUAAGGGAAAUAAUGUUAUGAUGAAUAUACUGGAGCAUGGUGGGGUUUAUGAUUAACAGUGUGUUGCAUUAAGCUUAUCGGGAAAUAGAGGAGAGAGGGGAGGGCGGGAAUGAGGGCGAUCUCUUUAAGAUCCUUCCAAUAACAGCAUGAAGUUUUGUGUGAUUGCCUUAUAAUGCCGUUUAACUCACGCAAGGCAUGGGGAGCAAGCCAUUGCUAACUGCCAUUUAUUUCAAUGGUAUAUAGUAUUGCAGUACUUAUUUUACUGUUGGACCUCUUAAUAAUGCCAUAUACAGAGGGAGAGUUCAGUUAUCUAAACACUUGGACACUGUACGAGAGAGUAGAGGGUUAUGAUGAAGAAGGCUCCAGUUUUACCACUAUGAGACAUGAACGUUGACAGGGUAAAUAGUCUCCUGAAUCAAUCACUGAAUGGUUGUCACGCAUGGGAUAACAAAUUCUAUUUACAAUUUAAAUAACUACAUGAAUACUGUUGCUGUUAUUUCAAUUAUGCAUUUGGAAGAAAGCUUAAUCCGACACGAUGACAUUAAUGCAAUAAAUCAUGAUGAACACAAAUACACGGCAUACUAACAUCAAGACAAUCACAGUGAAAUGUGCACACUGAAAAGUGUAAAGGAUGUUUCUUAUAUGUAUCGUUGGAGGGACAUGUUCUGCUAUGUUUAAUAGGAAUAUAUAUAUAGGAUAUCUAUUUUGUAAAUUAAAUGUAAAUUACUUAUUUUGUCUAUAAAGGAUGUUUUGUGUACCAUAUGUUGCUGUCACUACAACUUCUACACUAUUUUCCCUGGUGUAAAAGUUGAAUUCGAAAUUGAGUUGGCAUCACUAUCAUGUCAUAUCCGGCUGCUACUUGCAUAUGUUUUGUAUGUUUAACCCCAUUGUCAUAUGUAAAAGUGCAAAUGUCAAUCAUGCAUUAUCUGUAUGCUUCUUUAUUGUUCCAUUGACCCCACAUUUCAAUUAAAAGUGUUGAAAGAAG